AUGCCAGCUCUAUCGUUCCGAUGGUUCCGACUUAACCAUGCCAUUCUUGACUGCUGCGGCGCUUGUUGGUUUUGUCUAGUUCAUGGGAGAAUUUCAUGUACCCAUAAAAACACUAUCUGUGCAGUAAGAAAACACCCAUGUCCAGAUCAGAGAUAG